AUGAAGUUCCUUACCGCUAUCAUUCUGUCCGCUGCCACGCUGGUUGUUGCCACUCCACCCGGCAUCCCUUCCGCAUCCAGCGCAAAGUCUCUUCUCGGUCGCCUGACAGUCGCAACCUUGACAGAUGACGGAUCAUACGAUCGUGCUCUCUUCCCCCAUUGGGAGCCUGUCCCCAGUGAGACUCAGUGCAGUGCUCGUGAAUGGGUUCUGCGCCGCGAUGGCAACAAUGUGAAUGUUGGCAGUGACUGCUAUCCUACCUCGGGAAGCUGGACCUGCCCUUACUCUGGCAAAACCAUCACUGCAGCCGGAAGUGUCGACAUUGACCACAUGGUCCCUCUGAAAAAUGCCUGGAUUUCUGGUGCUUCUACUUGGACUACUGCCAGGCGAGAGACCUUUGCCAACGAUAUUGACCACCCCCAGCUGUGGGCCACCGAUGCCAGUACCAACCGAGCCAAGGGCGAUAACAGCCCUGACAAGUGGAAGCCUCCUCUUACUAGCUUCUACUGCACUUAUGCUUCUUCCUGGGUCGCUAUCAAAAGUACUUACAGCUUGAAAAUUACCAGUGCUGAGAAGACUGCGUUGACAUCCAUGCUUAAUACUUGCUAA